AUGGGGACAGGAGGGCUCACGGCCAGGGCCAGCAAAGCAGAGGAAACAACCAACAAGGCCCAUAACCAAAGACAGCCUAAAAGACAACAGGUGGUGCUGGCAGCAAAGAAGUACAAAUUUUGUGGCAUUGAACCCGAGUUUGAGGAGAAGCUGGACCGGAUGUUUGAGGGUGUCUUCGCAACAGACAAAUAUGCAUGCGCUCCAAGUGAGACAAGGUUUUGUGGUAUCCCUAAGAUCCACCGAGAUUUCUUCGCAACGAUUGCCAAAGAAAAACAGGGUUGCAUUGGAGCAAUAGAUGGAACCCACGUCGAUGCAAGAGUUACAAAUGAUGAAAAUAUUGCAUUUAUCGGAAUUUCUUUAGGUGAGCUGAAGGAAUGCCAUUCGUCUGCUGUGGCUGUGGAAUCAAAUGGCAAUGUCACAUUUGUGAACACUGAGAAGCAGACACUUGAUCAUAUACGGCAACUGGAUGAAACAGCAGCUGGCAUUAUUUGUCAUGUAAAAGAUCAGCAUGGUUCAGCGGCAUCUACUCUUCAGUGCACCAAGGAUAUAAUAGGAAUUGUUGCUUCACUUGGAAAAGUAAAGGACGAAGAACUUAGCAGAACGUUGUCUGAGUACUUGGGUUUGGACAACAUGUUAGCUAUUGUUUGCAAGACACUAGAAGGUGUUCAAGCUCUUGAACAAUAUGAGAAAGAUGGCUCCAUUGACAGGAAUACUGGUCUUCAUGGAGUUGCACCAACAAUUGGAAGGACAAUGAAAGGCAGAUUUCAUGUUUUUUGCCUUCAAAACAUGAGACCAUUUGUUGGUGAAUUUAUUUCCGAUGAUCCACAGAAGAAGCUUGCAUUAUUGAAUCCAAGGCUACCUAAUGGGAAGCUCCCACCUGGAUUUUUAGGUUUUGCUGUGAACAUGAUCAGCGUGGAUGACAUGCACUUAUCUUGUGUCACUUUUGAUGGUUAUGGACUAAGGGAAACAUUGUUUUUUAAUUUAUUUUCUCGCCUACAAGUAUACAAAAGCAGGUCUGAAAUGCUAUGUGCUCAGCCUUUCAUAACCGAUGGUGCAGUUUCCUUGGAUGGAGGGAUGAUCAAAGGUUGUGGUUUGUUUUGUCUUGGAGACAGGUUAGCUUCAUGAUUGUUGAAUGCACAAAUGGCUUUUUAAUUCCGUGCAAGGGAUUAUGUUUAUGUGUAGUUUCAGUAUUUUAAAGUUUAUUAGAAUGUUAGGUUGUUUUACUUUAUUGAUCUUUAUUUUGUAAAGAUAUUUCCGUAAAUAGGAUAUUUGGGGUUUGUAA